AGUCCCAUAAUCGAUACGAUACACACACUCCCCUUGGGCCACCUCUAGACCACAACAGAAAUUUCGGACCAGGAACGAAUCUUGGGAUUCGAUUGGAUUGCGCCAUGCAGAAGAAGCCCAUCAACGCCAACUCCCUGCUGGACAAGCUGCAUCGCGGCGCCGUCUACGCCUGCAUCGGGGUGACCCUGUACGGCACCUACGUGCUGGGUAUGCGCUACUACCACUACUACACAGUCAUUCGGCCGGAGAAGCAGCAGGCGGAGCUAAAGCUGCUGGACGAGGGGGCUCCCGACAAGGCCAAGGAGCUGAAGUACUAGUCGGGCCCACCUCCUUCCACUUGGUUAAUUUGUUAAAUGUCUGCUAAGCGCAAUAAAUUGUAAGGAAAUGUUAGCAUUUUCAGCUGAAAAGGCCAA